AUGCAGGCGGACGUUUUAAUGGCUUUGGAUGAGAGGACGGGGAAAAGGCAAAUGAAAGGGAUGCUACAAACCGCUGCCUCCCUGAUUGUCGAAGAAGAGCUGGCCCCACAAGCCGAUGCCUUGCGAGGUCAACCGGAAUAUGCCAAGCCAAGCAGUGAUGGAGGAACGGCAACAAAACGACGACCAGGCAAUCGUAAACGUAAGCGUAGACCCCAAGUGGCUGCAAGUGGAGGUAGUGAAGAGAUGGCCUCAGGACCUACAGCGCCCAGUCCCAUAACCCACAAUUGGCGUGUCUCGUCCAGUGAGGAAACUUUUAGAAAUGAUUUCAAGCCUGUGGCAAGUCCCAGCAGUGUGGCCGAAAGGAGAUCAACAUCUCCCGCUCAAUCUCCUGGUGGAGGAAGACGAAGGAAGCCGGCAACCAUUCGGGAACCCUUGGCCGCCUUAGAAAAGGAACAAAAGCUAUAUGAAAUGCGUAACACCAAAACGCCGGGCACCAAGACGACAUCCAGCUCCAACAAAGAAAAUUCCAAGGGAAGCUCGACAAAUCGUAAUUCGGAAAAUGUGAAAAAUAUUUUGAAAAACAGUGGCGGCUUAAGUUUGAGUGAAAUUUUACAACAGAAAAAUCUCUCCCUGGAUGAUCUGCUCAAGGGUAAACAAAAUGCCCUGCAAGCUUUGCAGACCACUGCCACAACAGUUAGCCAUAAUGCCACAAAGGAUUCCGGUGCCCGUUAUACGGCCAAACCAAAAUUUAAGCUCAGUACCACCUCGGUAAAGUCCACGGCAAAUCAGGAUGCCAAGGAGCAUUCCAAGUUGACGGCCUUGCAGAAAUUAAAGCUAUUCGGGGCUGCCUCUAGGCCGGUGGGAUCUCAGGUGGGUCUGGUGGAUCAUUUGACGACAAGGAAAAAAGAGGGAGGGGCAACAACGACCAGUACCACGACCACAACCACUGCGGCGCCCACCACCCGCAUUCCGCUGUACAAGAAACUUUUGCAUCAACGAUCCACCUUGAGGCCGGCAUUUUUGUUGAAAAAUUCCCGGAUGACAUUGGCCAGUGUGGAACCGGAGCAUGAUACCACCACAUUGGCCAUGGGUAUACGGGAAGCCAACUCAAGGGAGAUGGAAGAGGAUGAUGAGAAUUUCGAUGAUGAAGAUUUGGAAAAUAGCACAGCCACAGUUGAUAGCUUGGAGGUCACCACAUGGAGGGCCGAAACCACCACAACGCCCCCGCCCACAAGGCGUCCUCAGCCUACACAAAUCACCGCCAAGCCCAUUACCAAAUUUAGCACCCUGCGAGAGAGGGCCAACUCUCUCAAGGAACUGAGUACAACAAGGCGCAUGUAUUCCACCACUCGGGGUCUUGGCAGGGCCACAAAUCGUUUCACCACCAGCAGUAGCACGGUGGAGCCUCCACAGACCACCACAUCUGUGGGCGAUGCCAUGACCACUACAUCUCAGACAACCACGACGACGACAACAAAAGCAACGACAACAACCGCCAGCAGCAGCACCAUGAAUUUAACACCUCGGGCCAAUUUAAAUCUCAACACCGAUGACAUUCGGGAACGUAUCCAGGAAACCCUGCUCAAGAAUCUCAUUGAAAAAGAGCAGGCAUUUAAAAAACAAAAUUUUGCCUCCAAGGAAACGGCGGCGGAGGAGGACAAUGAUGAUGAUUUGGAGAAUUUCUUUGAGGAGUCAGUGAAACCCAAGGCCAGUAAUGCCCUGGAAACCUCCACCAUUACCACAAGGAUGAAACAAUACAGUUCAGCCAUACCCAGCUCCACACCACUACCGCCAGCUACCCAGCAAACCUCCAACAGCAUACCGGACUAUGACAACGUAGAUGAUCGCACCGAUCUGUUGGAGCUAAUUGAGGAUCGGCGAUCAGGCAAUCGCUUGUUUAAGGUGUUGGAGCAACGCAACAUGACCCUGGAUGAGCUGAUUGAACAUCGCAAACGUGGCUCCAGCCAAUUGCAUUUGGCCACCAUUGUUCAGACGCCCUCCCGCUAUUAUCCCGACAAGAAAGUUCUGCUGCAGGACAACAUGGACAUUGUGACAGCCUUUGAAAAUUUCCCCCAUUUCAAUUUGCUCAAUUUGAAAAGUGUCAAACCAGAUGACAUUAAAACCGAUUCACAGGGUUCCAGUUAUUUCACCUCGAUCAUUGACAUCGAGCCCACCGAUGAGAUUUACAAAAAGGGCCAGGCCUCACCGGGACUCAAUGAAAAAGGUGCGUCCCACAAUUAUGUUAGCCAUAAUCGUUUGGAUCGUAGACGCCAGCUGAGAGGCUCUUCCAGAUAUUUGUAUCGUGGUUAUCCUAGAAUCAGAGAAGACAGGCAUUUCCAUUCUCUCAUUUCAGUUGCCCUGUUACCCGAUCGCUCUGACAAAUCCCUGGGGUUCUUUCCCUCAUGGAAGACCUUGGCUUUGGCCUCCUUGGCCACAACGACAACCACCAAAAAAGAUAGUCCCAAACAAGCCCCCUUCUAUUUGGCGCAACCCAAAAUGCUACUGGAAAACAACAACGGCAAUAAUUCCGAUGAAGAUGAUUACGAGAUUCGGGAAAAUGAAUUGGUAUUGAUUAACAACGAUGACAGUGGAGACGACAACGAAGAUGGUGACUCCUCCAAUGCGGCAGAUGUUGAUUAUAGGCCCCAAUCACCGGUACAGGCUGCGGUGCGUGUUGCUGGCUCGGCCAGUCUAUCGCCUGGCGAUAAUUUAGAAAAUCAAGCCCACGAUUUGGUUGACUUGGAAUUAUCAGGUCAUGGUUUCAAACGUAGCCCCAUGGCAGCUGGUGCCCUGGCCGGUGGCAAUCAGCACAAAAACUUUUAUGCAAAUAUGCCUGCCGGCAUUAAGUCAGCCAUUGUGGCCAGUGCCACCAUUGUAAUGACAGCUCUUGUUACGUUCAUGGUUAUUUUUGCGGUGUGUCGCUGGAAACAGAAACAUAGUCGCAUGUCGAACAUUAUGAAAUCCUAUAAUGCCAUGAAAAGUAAAUUGCCACCCAUUGCCAUGACGCAGACAACAGCCGCCUCCGCAGGUGGUGGAAAUGCAAUGGCCAGCACUUCGUGUACACGACAUUCGUCGCUGCGCGAAAUGAAUAGUUUAUUGGGUGGCAGUGGUCUAUCGGUGGCGGCCACGAUUACCACGACAACCACAGGAGUGCCAAAUACCCCCUCACCGACCACUUCACAGACAACAGUGGCCCUGAGCACCUCGACGACAACGCCAACGGCAGCCGGCGCAUCAUUAUCAUCAGGUGGUGGAUUGCGUGAAAGCAGCAGAAAAUACAAUCCCCUUAUCCAGCACAGUAGUGGCCCGCAGCAUAUGCAAAGACCCAGCUCCUUGCUAUUUCAUCGGCCGCCACCAGCGAACAACAAAAACCACCAACAGCAUCAGCAACAACAGCAGCCCACAAAUCUAGCCAUUCUAAGCAAUUGUAAUCUGUCGGAUCUACGAAGAACCAGUGCAAAUGAUUUAAGAGGUUCAACGACAUCGUUGAGUUUCUCACUGACCAGUGGCCACAACAUUCCCAGCACACACAUAAACAGUAUGGAUGCCAAUUCGCCGGAAGUGCAAGAAUAUCUCUUCGAUACGCUAAGGAAUUCAUUUUAAUAGGAAUUAAGAGACAGAGAGAGAGAGAGA